AAAAAUUUUUGGCCACCGGGCUCCGUACAAACCUGUCCCCUGCCAGGGGAGCCUCCUUCUCUUACAGGCGGUACCCCGAUCCUGAUGUAAACAAUCUCCACUGUCACCGCGUGCGCACAAUGAGUUUCUUAUACAAAAGCCUCUCACAGCUAUUCUAUAACAUACAUUCGCUUUUCCAUCAUCAUCAAGAAUCACUCGCUCUGAAACCAUUCAGAUUUCUCACUUACGACGGGACUUUGCCGCGCUCCGGUACCUUCCUUUUUCCCUCCUCUGAUUUACUCCUAGGCCACAGAUGGAAUCUUUGGGAUAGACCUCGUUUUCCUGCCGUCUGCCACGGACCGCACACUCUGAGCCGUUGUGUACAGAAGGAAGCCAUCAUUAUCCCGUGCCUCUCGUACUCGGUAAGUUGGAACCAGUACAUAUCUCGAGAUGGCGCAGAGAAUGUUCUGGAUACCUUUCUCGUCAUAGCGCUCGUGAUUGGCAUGCUGCACAGUGCUGUUUUUCAUCCACUUAUCGCACUUGCUCUAUUAGUGUGUUCACAAAUGCUCCGAGGUGUUGAAAGUUUCCUUGGCUCUUCCAUAUGAUAAUUCCGAGUCGAAUGUCCACCGUACUGGGAUCGUGUGUCCUUUUGGGUCCCCAUUUAUGCCGGAAUACGAAUUGUACAUGUGUGAUCAAUUUGGGCGGAAAAAGUAAUGUCCCUGAGUCGGCCCAAGUACAGUACUCAAUGA